AGGAAAUAAGAGUGUAGACGAGCAGAAACAAUACAUGAGACAACAAAGAGCUGUAAAUACUCUGAGGGAUUCAUGGAUAAAACUAAGCCUGUUAAAGCAAACUGAGAUUGCUGGUGACGUCGGACUGACGCUGAGUCGAGAGGCCACACGGCUGCAGCAGAGCAUGGAGCUUGUGUCAGUGCAGCAUCAAUUUGAGUACACAGCGAAGGAUGGUCGCCUUGUGUCUAUCAAGCCUAAUGAAAGUUACAUCCUGGUCUCCAAGACUAAUGAGCACUGGUGGCACGUCCGCAAAGACAAGCACACCAGGCCCUUUUAUGUCCCCGCACAGUAUGUGAAGGAGCUCCCAUCACUUACUGCAGACUGUCCUGCUCCUAAUAAGCUGGAUUCACUUGAGUGUGUGACUAACAGUAAGCCAGUGGAUAUGGCUAAUACAACACCAGCGUCAACAAUGAUUCGUGCAUCAGCUCAAGAUGGUUCAAGAGAGACAUACCGGUUCUCCACUUUUGGUUUCUGUGAGGACAUACCAGAUGUAAAGCCCUGUGAGACUCUGAAGGAACAAAAGACCACUAGCAGCUUUGCACACACUGUGGAUAAUAUAAAGACACGCAAUUCAACAGGAGACCUGUAUGCAAAACCUCAUCCCGUGCCAAAGGUCAAAAACGGACAACAACAGUCAAAAAGCUCACUGAAGGAUGAUAAAGUAGAACAGCCACAGACUUUUCUACUAGAUGAGGAUAUGGACUUCCCUUUACCCCCUAGUUCACCUAUAUAUGACACCAUACCAGAGCUAAACGUCACAGAAUUUGACAUGUUUUCUGAGCUGCCCGCUCCUGUUGCUUCAGAUGACACAUUAAUGUUUGAGCAUCAGAAUUUGAAUGAAACAGCAGAAGCAACGUCUUCUACAGACGCGCCUCCCAAUACCCUCCAGCCAGGAGAGGGCGCAGUCUUAUCACGUGAAAAGGUAGAGAAUGAAAGUCUCCGGUCAGCCGUGUACGUCAAUGUAGGACAACUUCGCAAAAGCAUCUCCGAGUCUCCCCCCUCGGCUCCUUCGUCCUACUCUCCUUCCUACCUUGAACCAGAGGGAUGGGAGGUGCACGUUGACCAAGAAAGUGGACAGGAGUACUACUACCACCCCGCCACAGGGCGCACCACUUGGGACAACCCCUUUCUAGACUCCCCCACGGACCCUGAGCCGCUCCCCGCAGAGGAACUUUGUUCCCCUUCACCUCCUCAGUCUCCUGCCCUUUCUCCAUCCACCGCCUCCCCCCCUGCGUGGACCUCAGACUGGGAGCAGUUGGUUGAUGAGAGCAGCGGUCGCCCCUACUUCUACAACCCGAUGUCUGGGGAGACGUCCUGGGAGCCUCCAGAGCAGCUGAGCCCGUAUCCCUCUCUGAUGGAGCCUAUGAGUGUGCACAGGUUUCACAAGGACGGGCCGCCUCCUCUACCCGAGGAGGAUUACCCUACAGAGGAUUACCCAGCUGCUGAUCAAUCCGAGGCCCACGAUGAGCUCCUUGCCAUGGGCCCUCCCACCCUCCCUAAAGAGUACACCCUCAGCCACGUGAGCCAGACCAUCAUCCCAAGGGCCAACCUGGACCGCAGUACCCCAGCUGGUUGGAACCUUACUGUGGAGCACAACGGGACCUGGGUGUUCACCAGUGAACACUCUCCAGAGCAGUGGAUCAAGUCUAUGGAUGAUCGAGGGCAGACCUACUACUAUCUGAGAGACGGCUCCAAGUCUCAGUGGAACCUGCCUGAGGCCCCUGUAGAUCCUGGCCCGUUCAGGAUGGAGAAUGGUGUCGAGGCAGACAAUGUGUCAGUCAUGAAAAACUGGAGACACACCAUGGGACCUGCACAGCUCGUCUCAGCCCAGGAUGACGGGAGGUUUGUCCCAACUCACAGGAGGAACACGUCAGACUACGGCAGCGACAGCUCCAGUACAGGAAACUCUCCAGAGACGCAGCAUAAUGUGCAGAACUUAGAGAAAGCAGGAAUUCUCAACAAAACAAAAGUGUCUGAAAACGGCAAGAAAGUAAGGAAAAACUGGACCCAGACAUGGACGGUUCUCCACGGAGGAGUGCUGACAUUCCACAAAGACCCAAAGUCUGCAGUAACAGGAGCCUCGAACAAGACCAAUCAGAUUGUUCCGGAGGUCACGGUGGACCUGCGAGGAGCAACGAUUGGCUGGGCCUCAAAGGACAAAUCCAGCAAAAAGAAUGUGUUAGAGUUAAAAGGCAAGAAUGGUGUGGAGUUUCUGAUACAGUACGACACAGAAAGCAUCAUCACUGACUGGCACAAAGUCUUAAUGGACACCAUACGACAACUGGAGUACAAGGACCAUCAUUCAGAGGACGAGGACGGGGACUUAUAUGAGAAGAUCGCCUGCACAGAGCGAGAUGACAAGUUUGGAAGCAGCACGGACAAGCGAAGACCCUCCAGGCCGAGUGUCACACCCUCAUCCAGCUCUGCAGGAGACACAGACCAGAAGAGGGUUCGAACCAAGCUGAUGAAGUUCCUCAUGAAACGGCCCACACUGCAGUCUGUCAAGGAGAAAGGCUACAUCCGAGACAAUGUGUUUGGUUGCCAUCUGGCCACACUGUGUACACAAGAGAGGACCACAGUUCCUAGUUUUGUGGAGAAAUGUAUCACAGCAGUGGAAAAGAGAGGUUUAGACAUUGAUGGACUCUACAGAGUGAGUGGGAACCUCGCUGUCAUUCAGAAACUACGCUUCAAAGCCGAUCACGAGGAGCUGGACCUCGAGGACGGCCAGUGGGAGGACGUUCACGUAAUCACCGGAGCGCUGAAGUUGUUUUUCCGAGAGCUUCCUGAGCCACUUUUCCCGUACAGCCACUUUAAUAAGUUCAUCUCAGCCAUCAGAAUUCCUGAUUACAACACAAAACUGUCUUGCAUUUAUGACCUGGUCAAGUCACUUCCUCCUUCAAAUCAUGAUACCAUGAAACUGCUUUUUGGGCAUUUACGCAGGGUCAUUCAAUAUGGGGAGGACAAUCGCAUGACUGUGCAGAAUGUGGCAAUUGUAUUCGGCCCGACGCUGCUUCGGCCAGAGAUGGAGUCAGCCAACAUCACCAUGCACAUGGUCUUUCAGAACCAGAUAGUGGAGUUCAUCCUGAAUGAAUAUGAGCGUAUCUUCUACUCGAGCUAAAGAAGUCACAAGCCUCGAGUGCAGACCUGAGCAAACGUCUAAAUGUGCUCAAGUUAUUUGAAGUGCUAGAUUUACCUUUUGCAUGCACAUAAACAGCUUCAGUACGACAUCUAAAUGAAACUCCUGUUGUAAAAUAAGUUAAAGGGCUUGUCAAGUUUUCUUUGCUCAGAAUAUUUGAGGUUUAACCACAUAUAAUUAGAUAAAGGAAUCUUCAAAUGAGAAUAUUUGAAGCAUGUUUAACCACUGUUUUGUCCAGAUUUACUCCAUAGGAGGCUGACACUGUUAGAACUACCUUUGGCAGUAUUGUUGGAUUGGAAAUCGAGCCACAAAGGUGUAAACAGGUGUGGUUUGGUUUCCUGUUUCAGAGCUUUUGAGCUUGUUGAUUGGCUGGAAGGACUGUAUCAGUUUGCUCUUGCUCCCUGAGACUCUAGCUGUCAUUUUCUGGAGAUUUUAAUUGUUUAUUUUUAUUUUUUUGUUUGUUUUGUUUUGUCUAAAUUGCAAUGAUAAUAGAACCCAAGUCAAACUUGGACAGAUGCAUUAAUGCUCUCUUUAAGAAAUGAUCAAUGACUGCUUCCAUCUUUAUUUUAGAAAGUUUAAUGACAUUUAAAUAUUGUUUUCAAUUUGAAAUUACAGUGUAUCACAUAUGGCAAUAACUGAGAUUGUAUUCUAAUAUUGUGUUUUUGUUUUCAGUCUCAUUUUACCCAUGAAUUCUAUUGUAAUAUAGAAAUGUAUAAAAAGAAAUAUUAAUACCAACAUAUUACUGUGAAGUAGAUGGUGACAUAGAAUAUUUGUGCAACCUGUAGAUUAUUUUCCACUGAAGUGUAAAAUGCCAUAUUUCAGUUAUGCUGUACUUGAAGAAACUGUAUAAUAACACCAUAGAAAUAUAAAUUGUGAUACAUUUUUUGACAGUUCAGUCAGUCUGAAAAUGGAUUCAGAAAAGUGGAUUCUCAAAGAGAUUUAUGACCUGUAAAUAGAAAUAGUUGGCAUAUUUAUGCUGAAAGUUGUUGAAAAAAAGUUAUUCCAUAAUAAAAAUAACUUUGUAAAAAAGAA